CGUUUGGUAGCCAGCUACCUCAAUAUUUACAGCCGCCACCAACCAUCCAUCUUCGUUUGCGUAAAGACAUUGGAUAAAGAGACUUGGCCGCGGUAGAGAACCCGUGAUUGCAGUUUCAUUAAACCGGCAAAAACAAUCUGAGGUCCAGCAUUGUACUUUCAUCAUCGGAAAUGGAUGACGAAAGAAGCAACGAUGAAGACAAUGGAGGCGAAGUUUCGGACCAGGCCGCUGCCGCUGCCCCUCCCGAUAUACUUCCUGUUGAGGAAGAAGAUCACGAAAGAAAUCCGCCACCGCCUGUCGUCCCGGUGCAUGCCGAGGCUGUUAGCAUCCUACAGCUGCAUCGAGCACCACCUAACGCGAACUUUCACGGGAGCGCUACCUCGUCAUCCUCGUGUGCAGUCUCAGCUUCCAACCAAUCUCUCCUGCGUCAACAAGCUCACUCACCAGUGUCCAAUGCUACGCACGGUUUAGAGGUCUCUGCGCGAUCUUUCCAGGGAGGCUAUCGGAGGAGUUACGAAGCUCCAUUCCAACAGCUAGCUUUCUCGGACACCAGCCCGGAACUAGACAUGGAAGAUCCAAAUGCAUCAGAGCAAUCUAGUGGAUGGAGUGAUGUGGCGCAUUCCCAAGAUCAUGGCAAUGGGGGAGUACCACCAUCGCCUCGAUCGUUGCAUGCAGGGGCUUUAUUGAACGGAAACUUUUACACUUUUGGUGGAUACGACGGCAAUCAACGAGUUAAUACAUUUCAUGCGUUUUCAUUUGCGGAAAAACGUUGGUCACCCGUUUUUCCCUCAGCGAAUUCGUCACCACCUCCGACUCCCAGAGAUAGGCACGUCGCUGUGGCGUUUGGAAAUGCAUUUUAUGUGCACGGGGGUUUUGAUGGCACCUCCCGAGUAGCCGACUUUUGGGCUUUUGACUUUUCCACAAUGAGUUGGCGCGAGAUUGUAGCUCUCCAGGGUAGGCAUCCUUCGCCUCGCCACUCUCACGCAGCAGUUGUGCACGGACACUCGAUGUAUAUCUUUGGUGGAUAUGAUGGAUCCUACAAAUCAGAUUUACACGAGUUCGACUUUACUACGUCAAGGUGGAACGCAGUACCGGCUGUCGGGCGACGUCCGCGAGCACGAUAUCGAGCAACCUGUGUUGUACACAAGAACUCCAUGAUCCUAUACGGCGGACACGAUGGAACUCGGCAUUUGUCCGACACUCAUGUGUUUGAUAUCGACACCAAAACGUGGGCCAUCCUAUUGACUGAAGGGGCUCCACCUGUACCACGUGAUUCGCAUGUUAGCGUGAUUCAUAUGAAUAGUAUGUAUGUCUUCGGGGGGAGUACUGGAAGUGCGAUGAAUGAUCUACAUGAACUCCAGCUACCUUCAAGUUCUUCGAUGUCUGCGAAAUGGCGAAGCAUCAAUGCUUCUCAUGCUGAACAACCGCGCCACCGUUUUUGUCACGUAGCCGUCGUCCACAGCGAUGCCAUGUUUGUCUUUGGUGGAUACGAUGGCUCAGACAGGCUCAACGACUUUAUACGGUUCGAUUUUACGGUGUACGACUUGAGCUUUGAGGUCCCACAGUCCACUUUGAUUGCUGAUUUCCGAUCGAUGAUCAAUGACGUGACACUGUCUGACGUUUCCUUUAUUGUUGAAGGACGGGACUCUCCAAUCUACGCCCACAAGCUCAUGCUGGUCCGUUGCCCGUACUUUGAGUCACUUUUUCUUGGCAGCAUGAGAGAAUCCCGUCAAGCCACAAUUUAUAUUGAACAAGUGUCGUACCCUAUCUUUUUGGCCACUUUGGAAUAUUUGUACACUGACCAUGUAUCCAUCUCCUUAAAAAAUGCCAUGGAACUGUUUGAAGCGGCCGACCUUUUUUGCAUACCGCGGCUUAAGACAAUGUGUGAAAAACGGAUGCUUCAAUCAAUAACUGUAGAGAACGCAGCAGGUAUCUUUCUCGCUGCCGACAUGCAUUCUGCUUCUGCUCUCCGUCAGAAGGUGAAAAAGUUCAUUCUGAGUAACUUUGAGGAGGUGAGCAAGAGCAGCUGUUUCGAAGAAAUGGGACGCAGCAACAUUGAACUUGUCUUUGAACUAUUGCAAAGCCGAUAAAUCAAGUGACGGCCUUCUGAUUGCUUACGGUGCAAUGGAGGAUGAUCACAAAUGCUAUUCACAGUGAAUCUCGAGUGCAGUAUAUAGGUUGAGGUAAAGGGCCUUUAAUUCGCUCAUUUGGGUGACGUGAACAGAUAGUUUGUAUCAACAAAAACUGGACACGGAAGAUGUUUUUAUUU